GCGGCAGCGGCACCGGCAUGGCAGCGCGGCGGGCGUGAGCGCCGGCCUCGGCUCCCGGCACCCGGCCCGCAGGUUGCGGCGGCCAACAUGGAUUUUUUCUUUGUCUGCCCUUUUCUGCUGGUGCUGCUGCUGUCCCGAGGCAGCUUCGCAGACCUGGAAAAACAGAGGGGAGACUCUGGCUUGGAAAUCUAUAAGAAGCUGUUUGAGGUUAAGCGCAAGGACCAGAUGAAUGCGCUGAAGAAUCUGAUCGAGCUCAAUGACGUCAACCAGCAGUACAAAAUCAUUGACAUCAUGCUCAAGGGACUCUUCAAAGUGCUGGAGGACUCUCGUGCUGUGCUCAUUGCUGCUGAUGUGCCUCCCGAUGGGCCUUUCCCUCAGGAUGAGAAGAUAAAAGAUGCAUACUCCCACGUGGUGGAGAAUACUGCCUUCUUUGGGGACGUCGUCCUGCGCUUCCCCAAGAUUGUGCACCACUAUUUCGACCGCAACUCCAACUGGAACAGCCUCAUCCGCUGGGGCAUUGGCUUCUGCAACCUGACGGGUGUGUUCGAGCAGGGACCCCAGUCCCAGGUCCUGCGGCUGAUGGCUCAGGAGCUGGGAAUCAGUGAGAAAUCGCCCGAUUACCGCAAUCCCUUUAAAACGGACCACUCGGAGUUUUUCCCCAGUGCCGACACCUUUCAGAAGGCGCUGAGGGACGAGGAGAAGAGGAGGAAGAAGGAGGAGAAGCGGAAGGAGAUCCGCAAGGGCCCGCGCAUCUCCCGCUCACAGUCGGAGCUGUAGCGUGCGGGAGCUCGCACCUUGCAGUGGGGGCGACACCACUGGGACACAGAGUGGCUCGCUCCCUCUCGGCAGCCUUGGGCCAGUUCCUGGCAGUCUCUCCGUUUGUGCCGUGGGUUUUGUUUUGUUGCCUUUCCCUUUUGUUCUGUGGAGAUUGGGUGGUGAUGCUGGCGGGUUGCCCCAGUGGGACUGGAGUGGGGUGUCCCUUCCCCGCAGCUAAAGCACAGACUAAAGGGAAAGCAGUGGGGCCAUCCCCUGGGCUGGUUGAGUGCUGCUGCCUGUGGGGAAGUAGGGUGUGGGGGACAUGCUGUGCCUGAGCCCCAUGAGGAGCCCAGGGAUCCCUCACCUCUGCAGCACACUCCACGCUGAAUGUGCCUCCUCCAACAUGGGUGGGCUGGGGAGUGCAUCACACCAAACAGCCUCAUGAGCAAUGCUGCUUCUCUCAGUUUUGGCUUUCGUUUUGUUAAACUGGUGAUCUCAUUGGCACUCCCCACCCAGCUGUACCUGGUCUCUGCACAGCUGCUACCUCUGCCAGAUCAGCUCUCCCCUCUUCCCGGUGGCUCUCUUACCAAGCAACGUGCGUUUCAUUGUUCAGAUGUAGUUUAAAAGGCUGACAGCAUCUGUUCCUGGCCUGAUGGCAUCCUGUUCUCCUGUGCAGCCACCGCUGGGCGUUCCCGCAGGGAGGCAAACACACAUUGGAUUUUUGGAAGGAAUUUCAGUACUUGGUCUCUUUGCAGCCAAUGGGUGGCUGUAGUGCAAGCUGUGCUGAUGCUGAAGGUCCUGGGAAACCAUCACCCAGCUGCUGUGACCCUAUGCUACACCCUGUGCCCUGCCCCUGCCAUCCUCUUCUGCGGGCCUUGUCCGUCCUCUCUAAGUCAGACUCCAAAGCCUCUUUGGCAGGGGGACAGCCAGAUAAGGGCAUGUGGGGAUAGCAGGGCCGAAGCAGGGAAAGAGCCAGCUGGGGAGCAGAGGUGAGAGGCUGGCCCCAGGACCUAGCACAACCACCCUGCUGCUUCCCACCGUCGCUGAUCACCUCCCACCAGAGGAAGUUCUUGCAGAGGGACCAUCCCCGAGAAGUGAGUGCUCUGUGCCGGGCUGGAAGCAUCGCAGCCUUUGGGGAAGGGGAAACGUCCUGAAUUUUUAACAGCAAAGCCAAGUCUCUCCAGUGGGGGGGUGGCAAUGGGCGUGACUUUAUGUUUUUUUUUAAUAAAAUGGACUUUAUUUUA